UUAGUGCAUCUGCCAACCGAGAAGAUAGACCUCAACGACUUCCUCUUCCAUCGACAUGGCCCGACCGUUACCAUUCCCCGCAGCAGUUGUGGAGAGAGACGGCAGGUUGUCGCCCACUUCCUCCUGCACUGCACUAAAUCCAAGGACCCCCCGAACCGCAUCAUUGCCCAUCUAUCCAGACGACAAAGCCUUGGGACGAUUCUAAGC